GGCGGUUUAAGCAGAGCAUUAAUGUGGUCUCUAAAAACCCAUGCUUUGAGUUCCUUCGUUUUUCUGUCGACACAAAAAUCUGAGAGAAAGGUUUUCGUUUUUAAUAAACAAAGAUUCGAAUAUGGGUAGUUCAGUCAUGCUGCACAGCCUCUGCUUCACAACCCAACUCUCUCCAACAUGUUUCAACACUCCAACUCUAUCUUUCACCCGCUCUCAAUUCGUUUCUUCCAAUUCAUUCUUGAGUUUAAAGAAUUCAACUCUGCGAAUUAAGAGCCCCACAACUCGGACUUCUGGCGUUGUAUUUGCUGCGCAGUCCAACAUCUUCAAAGCUCUUCAAACAGCAUGGAAUGUUGGGAAAGAUGGGAUCGAGGCAGGAACAAGUCUUGUCCCUGCUUCUAUACCAAGACCGAUUGCAAGGAUUUCUGUGACAAUAGUUGCAUUGUCCGUUUCACUCUUUGUACUCAAAUCUUUCGUUUCCACAGUUUUCUUUGUGCUGGCCACAAUGGGACUUGCAUAUUUUGUAUUCAUAGCUUUAAAUAAGGAUGAAGGACCAAAGGGCACUGGAGGCACCACCAAGACACCAAAGGAGAAUGGUGUGGAUGAUAGUCUAGAAGAAGCCAGAAGAAUCAUGGAGAAGUACAAGUAAACGCUACGAAUUCCAGCUGAUGGAAGGCAAGUUCGGUGCUGUACACUUCAAUCUCAAAUGAGUGUCUGUCUUACUUUACUUCUCAUCAGUCAAUUCUAUUGUUUUCCAAGUUCAGCUUUACAGAAAAGGUCUACCUUACAGAAAUUUGGCUCAUUGGCUGUAAUACUAUGGUGCGCUUGGAAACCUAAUUAUAUAUAGAUAAAAUGAUUAACUGCCUCUUAUGAAGU